AUGAUUUUCAAUUCAUUCUCAAAACUUGGUUUCUCUUUAAAGCAAUCUACCACUACUUCUUCAUCUUCUACUAUCCUUGGUCAAAAGCCAAUGAUGAAUUACCAAAGUGAAAAUAGUACUACAUUUGCUCGUUUCACCAAACCAUAUUGGUCAAAUUGGUAA